AUGGCUUCAUCUAUUGCUGGCCCGGUGCCGCUUCCAGACUCUCGCUUCGACCUCUCCACAUACUGGGGCCGUGUCAAACAUUGUGCCGAGAUCUCAGACCCUACGAUGCUACUCAAUACGAAAAGUGACAUAGACCAUGCCAAGAGGGUCGUAUGGGAUUACAGAAACGGCGUCACCGGGAAACUAACGCCCGAGUUCUGGAGAUCGAAAAAAGUUUUGGACUCAACGUUGCAUCCAGAUACUGGAGAGACGGUUUUCUUGCCGUUCCGUAUGAGCUCGUGUGUUUUGUCCAACUUAGUAGUUACGGCUGGUAUGCUCACGCCGGGACUUGGAACGAUGGGAACGGUGUUUUGGCAGGUGGCUAACCAGUCGUUGAACGUGGCUAUCAACAUAUCAAAUGCCAACAAGUCGCAUCCAUUGACAACAAAACAGAUUGCCACCAACUAUACUAUGGCAGUGACGGCGUCGUGCUCUGUGGCCUUGGGGCUCAAUGCGUUAGUGCCAAAACUCAAGUCCCUCAAACCGAACACCAAGAUGAUCUUGGGAAGAUUGGUGCCUUUUGCUGCCGUGGUUUCUGCCGGUAUCGCCAAUGUGUUUUUGAUGAGAAGUGAGGAAUUGAAAAAGGGCAUUUCUGUGUACGAUAAAGAUGGCAAUGAUUUGGGCUCAUCCAAAAAAGCCGCCUUUUAUGCUGUUGGAGAAACCGCCGCUAGCCGUGUCAUCAAUGCUGCACCCGUGAUGGCAAUCCCUCCAUUGAUCUUAGUGAGAUUACAGAAAACAAGACUUCUUAGGGGUAGGUCCAAGUUGGCCGAAACAGCAGUCAAUAUCGGCUUGAUUUUUGUCACUGCCCUUGUAGCAUUACCACCAGCACUUGCAGUCUUCCCACAGCGGGAAAUCAUGGCUACAGAAAAAUUAGAAAAAGAAUUCCACAACUUGAAGGACAAAAAUGGAAAUAAAAUCGACCAGGUGGAAUUCAAUAGAGGUAUUUAA